AGCCCUAGUCGUGCUGGUAGCGGGAGCCGGUCUUUGUUUUCUACGUAGCUCAGCGGUCGUAUGAACCAAAGAAACUCUACUAGCACUAAGACUAACUUAUCGAAGUCAAACAUCCUCAAGCAUCGGCCGUACUUGUUCAAUUUUGGAACGAAAACAGACAAAGCAUUUCACAUCACACAGACAAUGACAAUGUCCGCUCGUUCCUGCGCAGCCACGAUGCAGCGAUUUGCACAGCAACGCAUGCACCAUCCCUCAUUCCGUCUUGCCCUCGCUCGAUCCAACGCGAAAUUAACGCAAUCGUUGUCCUCGUCCCAGCCACUCGGGUGGUGCCCCGCAACGUCCUCCUCGUCAACCGUGCCUUCCGCCUCCAGGACGAGAAGAUCAUUUGGCUUCGGGACGCCGGUAGCGAAUGGAAACGUUUCUGUCACCACACGCAAUGGUUGUACAACACAGCAACACCAUCAACUUUCGUCGCUCAACGUCAACCCGAAGAAGCGUUCCUUUUCCGCGUUUUCGAUUUUGGAUGCUGGAGAGGUGAAUACGAUGCUGCCCUACGACCCGACUCUGAUCCACGAGAAAACGCCCCGGCAGUCCAGCGCUUUGGUACGGUACCGGAUUAGCAGCGACGAGGUGGUCCGUCGAGAGUACAUGCGGUUUGACGGCGGGGUACGGAUUGGAAAGUUACUCGAGGACAUGGACAGUGGCGCCGGCGACGUGGCGUCGCGCCACUGCUAUCUGGGAAAGCGGCGCGUGAGUUCUCCCGACAACGUGACCGCGUGCGUCGACGGCAUUCUGAUCAACGACCACCUCACCAACAUCGAGGGCUGCAACAGGGAUUUUUGGCUGGAGGGACGACUGAUCUGGGUGGGCAACAGCUCCAUGAUCAUCCGGCUCAAAGUGUGGACGGCCGACGGAGGGUGGGAGAGCCCUGUCCAGCCGCACGAGCUGGGCCCCAGCGAGCCAGACGAGACGGUGCCCGUUUCGCGGCUGAAAACCACGACCAGCAUCGCAAUGCGACGGCUGUACCAAAUCGCAGAGCGCAAUCCGACGCCGGACCGGUUCGGCUUCGAGUACACGGGACUAGGAACGGAAGGGGUAGAUGAAAUGGUUGGCUUUCUGCACGUUUAAGUAUGCUAAAAUAUAAUAUCACUGACAUGUUGAUGCUCGCAAUAACCGCUACAAAAGCUGCCACACGAAAACAACACAACGCAGGCCGUCGAGGCGCUCCUUCCUCCGGAAUCCGAACGAACGCUGAUGCUACAGGGCGACUUUGUGUUUGUCGCGUUGUCGCCCGAGCGAAAGGGGGUGAAAAUAAACCCGUUGAAGUGUGAAACGGAAGAAGACCACGCGCUUUUCGCCGAGGGUCUGCGGAAGAAGGAGCAUCGGGCCUCGACAAGCAAAACCACGCUGGACAAGUUUGAGCCGUCCGCGGAAGAAGCAAAAUUUUUGCACCGCAUGUACACGCGAGGCUGGAUGCGGCAGGUGAUGCCGGUGGGGGACAUUUUUGAUUACAUGUACAAGCAGAAGGCGGAGCUGGACUCGGUCGCGCGCAAAGCGGAAUACGUCCUCGAAGAGGGAACACCAGCGUCGACCGCACCCGCGACCGUGCCCAUUGCCGAAACCAACCUGCGGUCCACCUACCAAACGCAGCCCCAGGGGCAAAACGCGGGCGGAAAAAUCUUUGGCGGCAUGCUCAUGCGACAGGCCUAUGAACUCGCGUACUACAACAGAGAGAAGUUUUGAUUGCUUGUUUGUGGUGCUGUUUGCUUUUUCCUCCGACGUGGUGCUGUUCUUCUUCGUUGAUGAUUUACGAUUUGUACUGCCCUGCUCUCGAAAACAAAAUCAAAUUUUCACACAGGGUGCAAAAUGUGCGCGCUUUCGCGAACUCGCAUGUGGCAGAGGGUGAGGCGCGGGUGUCUUUUCAAGGGCUUGUGAUUGAGGACACGGUUUUCAAGAAACCGGUGCCCAUCGGGGCGUCUCUCAACUACAGCAGCCAUGUGGUGUAUACUAAGGGGAAGUAUGCCCAGGUUUUCGUCAAGGCCAACGUUCACGACUUCCGCAGCGGGGAGAACUACGUGGCCAACACCUUCAUCUACACCUUCCGCGCAAAGGACCGCGAUUUUCCCUUCGUGGUGCCCGUGUCCUAUCCCAACAUGAUACUGAACCUGAAAGGAAGACGAGCCUGGAAGAAACGCUUUGGUGAAAAAGGAGAGGGGGAGGGAAUCGCUCAGGAGGAGAAGGAGCAGUAGGAUAGGCAAGCCGCCUCCAGACAUAAAUGUUAAAGGUUUCUUGUUACCAAUAUCACUGAGGUCUGCUGCCCAGUGAGUUUGUUUCAUCAAGUUCUACCUUGUAGGGACUAACUUUGCCAAGAGGCAAGACCGCAGAUCAGUACAUUUUGUCCUCCGAAGAUGGAGCUGGGUUUGUGCCCAAUACCGUCAAUAUUCAAAGAGCUAUGAUCCAACAUUACCAAAUGAUCACGGCUUCAAUGUUUCUGAAGGAAGAGGCACUUCUACGAAGAGAAUUUUGGUACGAUUUAUGAUGUCAGUGCGCGAUGAAAUCAAGAAACAAGAACUCCGGCUUGAUGUUCUACGUUCACCUUCACACUUCCACGUGCCCGCAC